AUGAGCGCCAAUAUUCAGCAAUGGACGGUUGAGAAGCCUUGGCUUGAGACACACUGUCUGCUGGGUGAAGGACCUUUCUAUGAGGAAUCAUCGGGCUGCCUGCGCUUUGUCGAUAUCCGCAAUAAGAGGCUACAUUAUGUGAAGGUGGCUGAAGGCCCUUCGUCUCUUAAAACCGUCCAAUUAGACGUAUGUCCUACUGUCACAGCAAACAUUGCUGGGGUUGAUCCCCAGGAACGCAUCGCCGUUGGCGUCAAGUAUGGACUGGCUGUUCUCGACGUUAAGAAGGAGACAUACGAACUUAUUCAGCCUUUCGAAGAACCGGUUAAUGAGCGUCUGCGAAGUAACGAUGGCGGCGUAGAUCCUCUGGGUCGAUUCUGGCUGGGUACAAUGACAGACUUUGGGCUCGGUCCCUUUAAGCCCGAAGGAGCGGUCUAUCUAAUGGACGCCAAGUCACGAGAGGUCAAACUGCCUAACAUGACAAUUCCCAACACACCAGGCUGGUCUCCUGAUGGAAAGACACUAUAUGUCACACACUCAAAUGCCAGAGAGAUUUAUGCCUUUGACUUUGAUACCGAGUCUGGGGAAAUCUCUAACAAGCGCGUUUUCUACAACCAUGAUGGUUCAGGCGAGCCCGACGGGUUCCGUGUAGAUGUAGACGGGUUCCUUUGGCAAGCUGUAUAUGGAGAGGGACGUGUCAUUAGAAUCGACCCCAGCACAGCCAAGAUUGUUGGAGAGGUCAAAGUGCCGACCAAGAACACCACUUGCGUGCACUUUGUCGGUACUGAGCUUGUCAUAACAACUGCCGAGGACGACGAGGGCGAGGGAUCGAGCCGCAAGAACGGUGGUCAUGUGUUUAAGGUGGACGUCGGAAUCCGGGGAUUGAGGCUCAACGAUUUCAAGCUAUAG